AUCUGGAGAGCUAUCGCUUAAGCCAUUUUCAAAUCCAAUUGCUCUCCUCUCUCCUCUCUCCACGGCGUGUAUGGCAAGAAAGAAAACCAGUUGUGUUGUAAUGGAAGAGGAGAGAGAAGACGCCGGAAGAGAAGGGAAGGUCAGGGCUCUCAUACAAAGGGCGAUCAACUCAACCGAACCAGAAGUCGAUCCACGCCUCCUCAAGGCCAUCAAAUUGGUGGUCCGCUACUCUGAAUCGGAACUCCGACUCGCCGCCCAUACCCUAUUGGACCUCAUGAAACGCGACCAUGCACAGGUUCGGUACCUUACCCUUCUCAUAAUUGACCAACUUUUCAUGCGGUCCAAGCUCUUCAGGGAGCUCCUUGUUGAGCGUAUGGACAUCCUCUUGACUCUGAGCAUCGGAUUUCGAGGGAAUCAGCCUCUUCCUGCUCCACCAGCUGUUGCAAGCCUUCUGCGUUCCAAGGCAAUUGAAUUUCUGGAGAAGUGGAACGAAUCAUUUGGGAUUCAUUAUAGACAGAUUAGAUUGGGGUUUGAUUACCUGAAGAAUACUCUCAGGUUUCAGUUCCCUAAUCUGCAAGCAAAUGCAGCUCGGAUUCAGCAGGAGAAAAGAGAGAGGGAGAGAAGGUCGAAAGAGAUUGUGUUUAACAAGUAUGAGACUUUGAAAGGGAAUUUCUCAUCCAUGGAGGAUGAAAUACAGACUACAAUUAAUGAGAUUGGAGAGUGUUUGGACAUUGUUCGUAGUGGAGAGAAACCCCCUGUGGCAUUGGAUUCAGUUGACGAGGAGGACUUUUUCGAGUUCCAUUCCAUUGAAAUGAGGCAGUUACGUAUCACCGCAUUGGAAGAAGGGGAAAAGGUUCAUGAGAGCACAGAUAAUAAAGUGGUUUUUGAUGCUUUGAGGGAGCUAUACAAGCUUGUAGUGACAAAGCAUUUAGUUUCAGUUCGAGAAGGGAUCUCUGUACUUGUGCGGGUUGAAUUGACGGAUAACAAAUUAAGAGAUUUGAUUUUAAAGGAUCUCAUUAAUAUCCAAAAUCGUCUUCUAUCAGUGAAGAAGAAGUGUGAAGAAGCAGGUUGUUCUCUUUUAAAUACUGAAAAUAAUAAUGAAGAAGAAGAUUUUUGGGAGGAGGGGAAAACUGAAUGUACUGAGAGUGGAAGUUCUAUUACACACCAAAAUGGACAUAAAAGUGUUGCCGUUGCAUCAGCAUCCACUAAGGUGGAAAAUGGUGGUCCUUCAUGCAGUGUUAAAGACCCAGGUAAGAAGAAAAUGUCUGGUGAAAGUCGUAGAAAUAAAUCAAACUCUCUGAAGAAUAAGCUUUUGGCUGAUGCUCCGGUUGUUCAAUGGGGCUCCCAGUUGGACAAUUGGAGUUCACAAAGGGAUGUAUUAGCCAACCAGAGGGGACUGGAGCUUGAAGGUCAUUGGGGUAGAGUGGACUAUGAUGCAGUCAUUCCAGCAGAGAAAAUUGCGGAAUUAAAUGUUCAGGCUACAGUAUAUAGUGAAGAUCCAGUUGAAAUUCAACCAUGUCGUGCCCCUUUGAGCAAAGGUGGACUUUGCCAGAGAAGAGAUUUGAAAGUUUGCCCAUUUCAUGGGCCUAUCGUUCCCCGAGAUAAUGAGGGAAAACCACUUGAUCAGGAUUCCUUCAAAAAUGAUGAGGCAAUUUCUGAUUCAGGUACUGACUUAGCAGAACGCAUAGCAAGACAAGCUGUGAAGAAUGUACGUGAGAGAGAUAAAGAGGCAGCAAUGAUGAGAGUAACUGAUAAACGGGCGUUGAAGCGUGCUAAACUUGCAAAAGUAAGGGAGCACAAUGAGGCUUGUUUAAAGGAUGCAGCGAUGGCUUCAACUUCAUAUUCUGCAUCUAUUGGAGAAGACAUGGAGGCAACUAUUGCACAGAAUCAGUCUUCUAGAAAGAUGCAGACACUUGCUUCGAUGCUCCAGAAGAAAGUUACUCCAAAAGAUAGGUUAGCUCAAAGGCUAUUAAACGCACGGACUAGGGGUGCAACUGUAUCACAACUUACGUCGGCUGAGGAUGUAAAAUACAGAGAAUCCUUCCCAAAUCAGUGGUAAAUGAAAUCUUCGUAUACGUUUGUUUAAUUAUUUAGAAAAUAAUCCAGACGCAGCAAGUAGGUAGAGAUUGCAAAAUAUUUUUCUUAAUAAGAGAGAUUGUUAACAUUGGAUUUCUGGUUUCACAGCUAAACGAAACAGACGAAACAAAAUGAUGUUUUCUUUCUUAGUUUUUAUAGCAUUUCAUUUUUUGUAAACGUAUAGGUUGGUUGAUCAGUCUUGUAAUAUAUGUUAUUUAUUGUUCUUUAAAUUAACGAGAAUGAUUUGUGUAAGAGGAGAUGAAUAAGAAGAUGGGAUUCAAUGUUGCUGGUGCAAAGCCACUAGUCUUGGAAGUUUUGUACCUUAUCA